GGAAACCGCUCCCAAGCGCGGCGGCGGCGGCAGCGUAGUUCCUAGCCGUGCAGCUGCCGCUCCCACCGUCCCUCAGUUGGUCUGUGUCCCCCGCCUGCAGCAUGAGUGGCCUGCGCGUCUACAGCACGUCGGUCACCGGCUCCCGUGAAAUCAAGUCCCAGCAGAGUGAGGUGACCCGCAUCCUAGAUGGGAAGAGGAUCCAAUACCAGCUAGUGGACAUCUCCCAGGACAACGCCCUUCGAGAUGAGAUGCGAGCCUUGGCUGGCAACCCCAAAGCUACCCCACCUCAGAUUGUCAACGGGAACCACUACUGUGGGGACUAUGAACUCUUCGUGGAGGCCGUGGAGCAAGACACACUGCAGGAGUUCCUGAAGCUGGCCUGAGUCAGGAUGGCCACCGGUCCUAUCCAGCUAGCUCUUCACCAGGCCUUGUUACCAACUCCUUGUCAUCCUAAUCUGCAAACCCAGACCCUUUCCGCAGCCUCCUCCUCUUCCUUCAGAGGCAACAUUCCUUAUUCACCAACUAGUCUCAAAAGAUUGUCUUAAGCCCUGACGAUGGCUGUCCCUAGCCACACCUUGGGGCAUCCUCUCUGCCUGGCCCUGUCUGAUGAGCAUUUCUGUUGCUUCCAUCAGCCAGAGCUCUGCCAAAGGCCCCGCAUCCCCGUCCUAGGGAGUGCCCUAGAGACAAUUAAAUGUCCAUUCCUCUGGUGCUGA